AUGAGGAUGGAGGGCGGGGAGAACACGCAGGGCGCCGUGGGGCUUCGCUGCACCUGGGACAUCCCGCCACCCGCUGGCACCCAGGCCAAGUGGGUGAGGCUCAAUGUGGGGGGCACCGUCUUCCUCACCACCAGGCAGACCCUGUGUCGGGAGCAGAAAUCCUUCCUGUGUCGCUUGUGCCAGGGCGAGGAGCUGCAGUCGGAGCGGGAUGAGACUGGUGCUUACCUAAUAGACCGGGACCCCACUUACUUUGGACCCAUCCUGAAUUUCCUCCGUCAUGGGAAGCUGGUCCUGGAUAAAGAUAUGGCUGAAGAGGGGGUCCUAGAAGAAGCCGAGUUCUAUAACAUUGGUCCUUUAAUCCGAAUAAUUAAGGAUCGACUGGAGGAGAAGGACUACACAGUAACUCAGGUGCCUCCUAAGCAUGUCUACCGUGUGCUACAGUGCCAGGAAGAGGAGCUCACUCAGAUGGUUUCCACUAUGUCGGACGGAUGGUGCUUUGAGCAGCUUGUGAACAUUGGCUCAUCCUAUAACUAUGGGAAUGAAGAUCAGACAGAGUUCCUGUGUGUGGUCUCCAAAGAGCUGUACAACUCCCCUGGUGGCCUGAGCUCUGAGCCCAGCCACAAAGCCAAGAGCACAGAGGAGGACCCAGAGAAGGAAGUGGAGGAGGAGGAGGAGGCAGAAGCAGAAGCAGAGGAGAAAGGUGCCGCAAAUCCUUGA